AACGAUGAGUGGGGUGCCUUACCUUGGCUCGUCGUAGUCUGCUUCCGUUCAUGGGUGUUGGUCAUCCUUCGCGUGGAUGGUCGUGGUCGAAUUUGGCUGAUGCUGCUUCGCCUCGGUUGGUGGCCUCGGUUUGUGGGCAAUCCUGCUUUGCCGUUGGCGUUGGCUGUAGUUGAGGGCAUCGUUGGAGGUGGUGUGGCAUGGCAUUUGCCACGUCGUUAUUGGGGGGGAUUGAUUGGGGCCGGUCGUAUGAUGGUUGUUGUUGGCUACAUCGCCGUCAGCGACGUGGCAUGCCUAGACAAGUCGUUGUAG